ACCCCAAACGUUGGCAGUGUGGCUUAAACGGGUGUGUGGCGAUUACAUGUGGUAUUAAACCAGAUCUAGCUCGUCUGUAUGUCUGACCGGGACCCGGGAAUCUGGUAACUGGACUGUAAGAACUAGGGACGAUGGUCGAGGCUGAAAGGUGAAGAAAGAUAGAUAGAUGAAGAUUGAUUGCACACAAAGUAAUGGGAUGAGGAAUUGGAUACGUAAAAGAAUUGGAAGGAGGGUGUGUCGGUCACUGGUAUUUGAAUUUUGCAGCCCCUCAGCGAAGGCGGAACGAAGACUGGAGCCGGGUCAAGGCUGGGGGCAGUGGAGGCACAUUCGGCAAACCGGUGCUGGCAAAGACGUCCACUGAAUUAAAAAAGCUUCACUUGGCCCGAACAGGACAAAACACAGACCAAAGGAGGCCAGGGCACGGGCGACCAGCAACGCUCUAUUGGCUCCUCCGCAAAAUUGGGUGGCUUCCAGAGCUUCUACGGCUUCCAUGCUCCACCGAGCAGUGGGAAGAGGGAAGGUCGGCGAAGUGACGUCCGGCGCCUGUUUCGGGCAGAGAAAUUUUCAUCGCUGCAUUGCCACGGGGAGGGGGGUGGUUGUGCUGGGUGUUUGGGUGUUUGGGUGUUUGGGUGUUGGGUGCUGGUGCUGGGUGCUCGGAGCUGGGGAGCUGGGGAGCUGGGAGUUGGGUGGUGUGGACAGUACAGUAGUGGGGUUGCACUGCUGGCCAGGGCCAGCGGCCAGCCAUGGUCUUGGAUCUCAGUCACUGGGCAAGGCCCCGCGAAGUGUAAAAACGGCGGACGGGUGCUGCAUCUGUGCAGGGCAAUCUCGUCGAUGCCACAAUGCCACAAAUGCCAACGACCGGGUCAGACAACACACAACCAUGCUCUCUCUGAUGCUGCAACGCAUCGCAUGGGCCAACGCCUGCGGCCAAUUCCGAUGUCACCUGCCCUCCGCGCAAAUUGGGCAUGGGCAAGGCAUGGGCAAGGCAUGGACUCAAUUGGAGCGUUGCGGUUUCGUGGCGGUCGUGGCGGGGAGGUGUGAAGUUGGUGUGCAGUUGUGUGGCAGAUGGCAGAUGCGGAGAGACUGCAUGGGAGGGAGAAAAGAGCCGGAUGGGGCUUGAUGCGUCUUGGCCAGCCUGCUCCUUGCGAGACGAUGGGAUCUCGACUCUCGAGCAGUGCGUGGCGCGUGGUGCGCACGCGCUCUCAGUGGUCCGCGUCCGCCCCCUCCCAGC